CUUUGAAUUCUCCAAAGUUAUCAUCAAAAUACGAUCGAUAUUCAUCGGGUGCAGUCAUCGAAAUAACAGUUAGCUUUGAAAAAAUGUUGAAUUCAAUUGUCAGUUGUCAAAGUGAAUUAUACUAGAAAAUUAAGUAAAAAAUUAAGUAGUUCAAAUCGUUGUUUCAGAAGUAAAAGUUAGUGAACGGUAUUAGAUAUGUUUUGGGUGGGCUUCAACUGUGUAUUUUGGUUUUUGGGAAAUGCCUUAUAUGGCUUGCUAGCGUUCAGUUUGCUGCUGCUGUGUAUUCUCUCAGUUGUCUUUUUCUACGAAGCAAUCAGGAGUAUUGUCAAGAAGAACUUGAAUAAAGAGAGCUUGCAGAAUGGUGCACUGCAUAAUAAACACGUUGUUAUAACCGGAGGCUCGAGCGGUAUCGGCAAGGCCUUCGCUAUUCUCGCGGCUCGCGAGGGCGCGAAUGUCACGAUAGCCUCUCGCACCAGAGAAAAGCUCCAAUUAGCUCGCGAUGAGAUCAUCGAGGCGCGCCGCAGUAAGGACCAGUGGGUUGACCAUCUGGUUCUGGACGUCAGCAGCAGCUCGUUCGAGAGGAUUCAACGGGCCUUCGAUCAGCUGGAGCGGCAAAGAGGUCCGUGUGACUUGCUGGUCAACUGCGCGGGUACCGCGGCAUGCAGCAAGAUCGAGGACACCGAAGAGGACAUACUCAAAUACUUGAUUGACUUGAAUUUUAUCGGAAGUUAUAAUUGCACCAAGGCCGUGGUGCCAAGCAUGAAGAGGAGGAAGGAAGGCAAGAUUGUGCUCGUGUCUUCCCAGGCUGGCUUAUUGGGAAUUUUCGGAUUCUCUGCCUACAGCGCUACUAAAUUUGCAUUAAGAGGCUUAGCCGAGAGUUUAGCCAUGGAAUUAACGCCUUAUAACGUGUCCGUCACCCUGUCUCUUCCGCCGGAUACGGACACCCCGGGCUUCGCCGAAGAGGAAAAGUCGAAGCCCCUAGAAACUAAGCUCAUAUCUGAAAGUGCCGCUUUGGUACAGCCGGAAGAAGUGGCCGAGAAACUGCUGAAAGACACAUUGGAUGGAAAAUUCUUCUCCAUUAUCGGCUUUGAAAGCUUCAUCUUGACUACCCUCUGCUCGGGGAUGUCUCCGUACGGCUCUCUGAGCGAAUUACUUCUGCAGUCUGUUUUGAUGGGACCUCUUAGAAUGAUCAGUGCCUUCUAUCUCUACUCCUUUGAAAAAAUAGUCAAGAGGUGCAUGAAGGAGAGAGAAAGCCACAAGAAAUCCGAGUGAUUGUGCAUUCUACUGUACACGGAGUACUUAUGCCAGAGUGGCUUUUAUUGUUUCAAAGCAUUUAACCUAUUUUUCCAAUAUACUUUCUCACUGUACUCGCUUGCCUAUAUACUUCUAAUGUGAUUGAGUAUUAUGAACAUAAUGUAAUUUUUUAUAGGAAAGUAUGUGACUAUUUUUGUAUGCUUUAUCAAUGUUAAUGCUGGUUGAAGACCAAAGUUCGCACAAAAACUAAUGUUUAAAAGGAGUGUAUAUAUAUAUAUAUAUAUAUAUAUAUAUAUAUAUAUAUAUACACAUGAUUAAUACACGUUUGAUAAAUAAAUGAACUUUGUUUACUACCUAUCAUCCGCUUCUCUAACGAUUGUCAUGUCUGAUGAUUAUACCAUUUUAUUAUGAUCACGAGGGGUAUGGGUAUUUUGAUUUUCAUAAAAUUGAUUUCUCUAAUUAUAACAGAAAUAUAAUAGUAGCCUUUCAUUAAAAAAGUACAACAUUCUUAACCAGGGACAAUAAUUGCACUCCAUCCUGUAUUUCAUAAAUAUAAA